CCUCCACCAAUCACGGCCGGCCCGCCACAAAAGUGAGUGGAGUGCAGCCGGAGCGGAGGUGGACGCGUCCGGGUUUUGCUGGAUGAUCAUCUGACCCGUUUGGGUGCGCGCAAAGGAGACGUCAGCGCCGACUCGGUGAAGCUUUUGAGCUAGGCGUUUUGUUUGGUUUUUUGCUUCCCCGCCGAGCGUCGUCAGUCACCCGGUUCGGUUCAGAUUGCACGCACGGAGCACGACGAGGAGAAGGAAGAAGAGGGUGACGACUGUGCACCACUUUCCACACCGGACUGACGCUGGCGCAACAAGCAUGGGAUUACUGCGUGCGUAAUGCUGCUGCGACGCCGCCGCGGGACCAUGUGAGACCUCCCGGAUCCUCCCGCUGUCGUCUUUUUUCUCACCCUCUCUGCGCGUGGAUACUCUAAAGGACCAGACAAGCAAAGGGGGCCCCAAGUUUGGCGCAAAAAGAGGAUUUGCACGCCGCCAACGAGCAUGGACUCGCCUCUAUUGAACCCCCAGGCCCCUUUUUUUCCAACCCUGCCCAGAAGCUGGUAAAUAAUAAUAAUUAAAAAAAAUAAUAACUUGAUGACCGUGAAGACACCCGACACCGGAUUCUAACACCUCGCCCAGAUUUGGAUUUGUCAACACCAUGAACUUUAUUGACAGUUUGACAUUAUUAUUUUUGACGCUGUCGGCUGUCAAGAGUGCCAACGUACCGAGGGAAGCAGAGAGAGGUCCGCAUGACGUGAUCCCCUUAAUGGAGGUGUACAACAAGAGCUUGUGUAAACCUCGGGAGCUGCUGGUGGAGAUCUUGCAGGAGUACCCCGAGGAGGUGGAGCACAUCUUCAUCCCGUCGUGCGUGGUGUUGACGCGCUGCGCCGGCUGCUGCAACGACGAGACCCUGCAGUGCACGCCCACGUCCAGUUAUAACGUGACGAUGGAGAUCAAAAGAAUAAAAACGCAAAGGCAACAAAAUGAUAUCUUCAUGAGUUUUACAGAACACAGCGCAUGCGAGUGUAGGUUAAAGAAAGAAGUGAAAGAAUUGAAAGAAAAAGCUUCAGUCGUUCAACAGUCCGGGGUCUCCGAUGUCGUACUUUACGCUUCAUCAUUUUCGAUGGGAGACAAGUCUGGACUGCAGGCGGGCCAGUGUUUGCAAGCCGUGCUCGGAGAGAAGAAAGCAUUUGUAUGUGCAGGACCCGCUAACCUGUCGCUGCUCGUGCAAACACACGGACGAGUUUUGUAAAGAUCGCCAACUAGAGCUCAACGAGAGGACUUGCAGAUGUGACAAGCCCAGAAGAUGAGAGGGGACGGAGGAGGGAGCAGCACAUCUAACAAGAAUGAAGGAAUACUCUGAUAUAUUCUUAUUCCUUGAAUACAAUAUAAGAGAUAUUUCACAGCACAGCACUUUCACCUUUUUUCUGACCCACCCACGCGUGGAAAGCAUUCCGCGUUUUGGAGAGAGAGACUCGCCUUUUCCAAUCCAACUGUACAUCUAGAUGACUUGUGUGUGUAAGUGUGUGUACACAAUGGUUUGCUGCUACAAAUCCGACCACCAGGCCACCUGGUUUUUGUUCUUUUUGCCUUUUAAUAACAGUCGCUUUCACUUCACUGGAUGUGAGUCUACUGUGCUGGUGUGCCAAGACGCUGUAAGAUUUAACUGAACUAGAAAAAGAAGAAGAGGAGGAGGAGGAGGAAAAAGGAGGAGCGCUUCGGCAUGGAUUCAAACAUGGAUGUCUUGCUUUUUAAUGCAGAAGACAAAUAGGACAGCGGGUGGGAAUCUUCCACAAGAAGGCUGCUUUUCUUCCAAGGAGUGAAUUUUAAAGGGAUACUGAAAUGAAAACCACUGAAAAAAGAACUGUACUGGCGGAACAAGAAGAAAUAACAGCGCUAAAGACAGACUACAGAAAUUUGUGAAGUGCUUUAUAAAUUAUUUGCCAGAGGAUAUAAUGCAGUCAUCUCAUUCGUGCAUCCCCUCUGAAAGUGUACAUAACUUAAUAAUACCACCCCUCGAUGCCAUAGUCCAUUCAAGGUAAUUUAUGUCAUAGAGUAUUUUUCAGUAUUCCUUUUAUUUACCAUAUUUAAUGUGCUCUAUUUAUAUAUGCAGUAUAUGCAGUGUUGUGUCCCGCCACCGUUUUAGCAUGGAUUCUCUGUGCUCUUUUUUGUAUCACUAAUAUAUAUGUACUAUAUAUAUAUAUAAAUAUAUAUAUAUAUAUAUAUAUAUAUAUAUAUAUAUAUAGUACAGGCGAAACGUUUGGACACACCUUCUCUUUCAAUCGGUUUUCUUUAUUUUCAUGACUAUUUACAUUGUAGAUUGUCACUGAAGGCAUCAAAACUAUGAAUGAACACAUGUGGAGUUAUGUACUUAACAAAAAAAGGUGAAAUAACUGAAAACAUGUUUUAUAUUCUAGUUUCUUCAAAAUAGCCACCCUUUGCUCUGAUUACUGCUUUGCACACUCUCGGCAUUCUCUCGACGAAAUACUCACCUGAAAUGGUUUUCACUUUACAGGUGUGCUUGAAGCUCAUCAAGAGAAUGCCAAGAGUGUGCAAAGCAAUAAUCAGAGCAAAGGGUUUCUAUUUUGAAGAAACUAGAAUAAAAAACAUGUUUUUAGGUAUUUCAUCUUUUUUUGCAAAGUACAUAACUCCACAUGUGCUCAUUCAUAGUUUCGAUGCUUACAGUGACAAUCUACAAUGUAAUAUAUAUAUAUACAUACGUAUAUAUAUAUAUAUAUAUAUAUAUAUAUAUAUAUAGACAUAUAUAUUUGUAUAUAUAUAUAUAUGUAUAUAUGUAUAUAUAUAUAUAUAUAUAUAUAUAUAUAUGUAUAUAUAUGUAUAUAUAUAUAUAUAUAUAUAUAUGUGUGUGUGUGUGUAUGUAUAUACAUUUAUGUAUACAUACAUUAAUAUGUAUAUGUAUGAUUAUUAUCAUAUACAUAAGAAGCAAAAAAAACACCAACCAAAAAAAAAAAAAAUUUCAGAAUUUAUUUACUAACAUUCCCUAAAUGGUUCCCCUGUAGCGAGGACACCUGAAUUAUUCAAACAAAACACUGAUGAUGAUGUAAGAAAGUAGUGUGUGUGUUUCUGUUUAUCGCGCAAGGACAAAUAAGUACUGCGACAUGUUCGACAUUGAAGACCCCCCUCCUCUGCCAUCAUGUCCUAGAAACCUGAUUUAUUUGCGCCUUUUUUGUGUCUGUUUUAUCACUAAUAACCUGUUUUAUGUGUCCAUGUUAAACAGUAAAGCAUAUUUAUUUUCAAAUGAUAUGAUUUUUAUAUAAAAGUAAAGAAAAGGUU